AUGUCAACUCUCCAAAGCAACAUCCGCGUUUUCAUUCAGUGGAAAGAACAAACCGUAUUCGCGGGCGAAGAUAUAGAGUGCCAAAUUACUUUCAAAAAUGUCGCGACAACUCCAGCCUCAUCAAAAUCAUCAUUACAUCCAUCCGGGCCCAAUGGGUACCUGCAGUCCCCCGAAAGGCACAGGAGACCUCCGUCGCAAAUCAAAAAUUCCACCCUGAGUCCGCAGUCUGGAGUACCAAACAGAGGUGAUCAUCGAUCGUCCCUUUCCUUGACAGUACCACCCGAAUCAGUGCAUUCAAAACAAUUGGAACAAUGGAGUCGUGGAACAUCGAGACCUGGAAGAGGAGUGGAAGGGCACAAGCGAUCCGUGUCUAUUAUAUCAAUGGGGGCUAGUGAAAGUGCUAUCGAGGAAGUCGCCAAUCACGGAAGCUUGGCUGAGAGGCCUGGGAGGGGUGGCAGAGCCCAUGGCCGGUCUGCAAGCUUGCAAAUCGUCCCGAGGAGGAAUGGAGUCAAUGGAGGGCCGAUGACAGCACCACUUAAUUCUCGAAUACCACCGCACCCUUCGCCGCUAAUGGGCUCCUCUUUCCCACCAAAUUCGUCCGUACCUCAUAGUACCCCGCGGCGACAUACAGGUACAAGUACUGCGCCCGGUACGCCUGCACCUGGAGCACAUUUUGCGAGACGGAAAGACUCCACUCCACUUGCACCAGCCUUUAGGUUUCCAGCAACCACCUUCCCUCUAGUUGAUAGCCGACGAAACUCGCAUGUUGAAGAUGAUGGCGCGAACCACAAACUCCAUGAUUGUAACCGAUUGCUUUCGCCAAGGUCGCGGGACACUGUACCACCUAUUUCGGACCAUAUAGCACCGGCACCUAUUGCCAGAAUUCUCUCGCCAUCUAGUAUGGGAGGCACACCGCGAAGCAGCGGAGAGUUCUACACUCUAAGCAACAACUCGACGGAGACCCUGGCCUCCGAAUACUUGCCACAACCAUCAAAUCGCAUGCCCCCGUACAGUGGGCAUCACAUAAAACGGUCCUCAAAUCUAGCUCCGGGUGGCAGUCACAGGCCACCAGAAACGUUAAUGAUGGGUUACGCUCAGAUUCAUGGGUCUUUCGUGCUGGAUCCAUCGUUGAUCAUUCAAGCCCCAUUUGAAGAAGUGAAGCGAAAGGGUGCGAUCGGCGGCCAAGGUGGUGGUGUGAUAGGAGUAGAAUCCAACAAAAGAGACAGUGGCCUUUUGCGAACCUUUGGUUGGGGGAGCCUAGGGGAAUCAUUAGGUGGUCUCUUGGGUGGCGGCGAGCUAAGUAGCAUGAAAGAUAUGCGGGGCAGAGUCAAUUCCCGUUCCGUACCUUUACUGUCGACGCCACAAUCGAUUUUGUUUGUGGACUUAAAAUUGGCUCCUGGGGAAAGUCGGAGCUACAAAUACUCUUUUAAAUUACCCAGGGGCUUACCUCCUAGCCAUCGAGGUAAGGCUAUUAAGAUAUCUUACAAGCUCGUCAUCGGCACCCAACGACCAGGAGGUGCCAAAGAGCAACAAGUCAAAUCGGUCGAAAUACCAUUCCGGCUCUUAGGGAGUGUGAAUUCCCAUGGUGAGCUUCUUGGACAUGACCUCAUGUUACCUUACAUAUUACUCCGAGAUCAAGCUAGAAUUCAAACUAUCAAUACGCAGUCUGAUGAGAGCUUAAGUUCCACACCCAAGAAACUUUCGGUUAAUACUCAAAAGUCUCAGAAGCAUAACGAUUCGAAUCUAGGUGAUUUUCUCGCAUACGUCGAUGAACUAAUUACGAAGCCAAGAAGGAACUCCAAUUUUAAUCUAUUAUCACCUACAGAAGAUAUAGGGUCUAGACGUCAAUCUAUCAUCGAGGAACCUGCAACUGCAAAAGAAGCUAUCGAUAUGGCUAUACUUCGCAGUAAUAUUGCCACAGAAUCUCAACAGAGUGCAAACCGAUUCGAGAUUGCUCGCGGUGGAAAACGAGUUGCGGUAGUUAUGUUGGCUAGGCCGGCAUAUCGCCUAGGCGAAACUAUCACUGCAGCCAUCGAAUUUACCGAUGCUGAAAUCCCUUGCUAUGCAGUCCACGCAGCUCUGGAAACAUCUGAGAAAGUCGACCCCUCUAUCGCACUCCGUUCCGAAGCAAGUAUCUUUCGCGUCACUCGGCGCGUUCACGUUUCUCAUUCCGAAUCUACACUCUUUGCUCGCCGUAUCGUUUUUGCCCCUACCAUUCCCGUCACCGCCACACCGGAAUUUAUCACUAGUGGUGUGUCACUUGAUUGGCGUAUUCGCAUCGAAUUUGUCACGCCUAGGCUGGCAACCGUGGAUAACGAGGUUAUUGAUUUAUCCCACGAAUUGUUAGAAGAAUAUACGAAUGAUGAACGAGGGGUAGUCUAUGCAGCGGUUCAAGGACUGGAAUGUGAAAGCUUUGAAGUUGCUGUUCCAAUCCGAGUCUACGGUGCCUUGGCCGGCACUACAGAGAACGGGGAAAGCGAGACGAUGGGCCUCGUUGUAUAA